UCUCUGCAUCCACAGAGAGAGAGAGAGAGAGAGAGGGGAAGAAGGAAAGAGGGAGGUAGGGAAAGAGAAAGGAGGGGAAUGAAUGUGAGGAUCCUCAGCAUACUGGUGGCUGACUGGAAGAGACACACACACACACAGGAACACAGUGUUGCAGUGCUAUUGAGCUCGGAGGAAGAACAGUGGAUACGGUCUCUCGCUCUGAGAGAACACACACACACACACACAAUGUGUGUGUCUAACAGUCAUCUGUAUUGAGCUGUGUGUGUGUGUGUGUGUGUUUAACACAGUGGAUGUAAACACUCGGUGAUGGAGGUCUCUCUGCGUCUCUUUCUCCUGCACUGAUCUCAGUGGAUUAUCACACAGACCUUGUGGAAUUUUAUGUGUGAAACUUUGUGUGUGUGCGCGUGUGUGUGCGCGUGUGUGUGCGCGUGUGUGUGCGCGUGUGUGUGCGCGUGUGUGUGCGCGUGUGUGUGCGUGUGUGUGUGUGCGUGUGUGUGUGUGCGUGUGUGUGUGUGUGCGCGUGUGUGUGUGUGUGCGCGUGUGUGUGUGUGUGUGUGUGUGUGUGUGUGUGUGCGCGUGUGUGUGUGUGUGUGUGCGUGUGUGUGUGUGUGUGUGCGCACAUUCAGUAUCUCACCGACGGUUCCUGCAGGAUUGCUGAUGACUCGAGACGAGGAAAUGUGAAUCAUACGCAGAUGUCAAUCUGUGUGAACUGAACCGACCAAUCAGGGGGCUCUGUAUCAGGAUGGCUCCGCCCCCUCCGACCAAUGCUCCACACGUUUGCUUGUCCUGUGUGGUAAUCGUGAGCAGCAUGGUGCUGAUGGAUGCGUACCUGGUGGAGCAGAACCAUGGGCCACGUAAGAUCGGCGUGUUCAUCGUGGUGAGCGUAGGUGACGUGUGUUUCCUCAUCGCACUGCGCUAUGUUGCCAUUUGGGUCGGAACCGAGCUCAGGACUGCAAAACGCGGAUACGCCAUGAUCCUCUGGUUCCUCUACAUUUUUGUUUUGGAGAUUAAAGUCUAUUUCAUCUACCAGAACUACAAAUCAGACCGGAAGAGUCUGGACGCUCUGACGCGUAAAGCUUUAACGCUGCUCCUCUCCGUGUGCAUUCCUGUAUUGUUCGUUAUUCUAGUCGCUGUGGAUCAUAUGGAGUACGUCAAGGCAUUUAGGAAAAAGGAGGAGAUACGGAACCGGCUCUUCUGGGUGGUGGUAGACCUCCUGGACGUUCUGGACAUCCAGGCCAACCUGUGGGAGCCGCAGAAGAAAGGCUUCCCACUGUGGGCUGAGGGCCUGAUGUUUUUCUACUGCUACAUCCUGCUGCUUGUUCUGCCAUGUGUUAGCCUGAGCGAGAUUAGCAUGCAGGGUGUCAACAUCAGCCCACACAAAAUGUUGCUCUACCCUAUCCUGAGCCUCAUCACCAUCAACAUCGUCACCGUCUUCAUCCGAGGAGGAAACAUGCUGCUGUACAAAGACGGUCGUGUCUCGGGGAUCCUCAUGGGAAAGAAUGUCCUGGCCAUCGUGAUGAAGAUGUGCAGCUUUGUUCAGUACAGAAAGCAGUUGCAGAGCACUAACCUCAAUGCUAACACUCCUCCUCCUCCAGCCGCUCCUCCUGCUGCUCCUCCUGCAGCAGCCUUCAGUGUUGAGCUUCACAAAAACUCACUGACUCACUAUCGAGAUGUUUCACAAACACCACUGCCGGCAUCUGAACACACAUGACACACACACACACACACACACACACACACAGGAUGUUUGACUCUGAUGCUUUUGAUGAUGAUGAUUUUUUAGAUUCUUGGACAAAUGUGAUGUUUAAACUGGUCAAAUCUGCUGAGAGGAGCCUAAAUUGGCCAAUGGGUAGGACUUAAACUUGGAAAUGGGUGGGGCUUAUACUUUGGAAUGAGUCGGACUUAAACCUGCUAGUGGGUGGGGCUUAAACUUGGCAACAGGUGGGGCUUAAACUUGGGAGUGGGUGGGGUUUAAACUCUGAGCACUGGUGCUUAUAGUGUUUACUACAGUUACACAAACAUUGUUUUUUUCUACUGAUUUUGUGACACAUUUUAAUGUUUCGUUGUUUUCACUGUCAUGAUAAUAAAUCAUAAAACCUUUUAGAACCUCUUGGUCUACUGGUCAGUUCCAGGUCUUGAAGAUCACUGUAACUGCCUGAAUGUCAUGCGCUGUCCUGAAUAUGAACCUUUUUUGAAGAGCACUUAAAAACCUUGAUAUUGCAGCAGAAACACACAGAGAGCAGAAACCACCGAAAGAAGAAACAGAGCAGCGGGUCAGUGACGAGGUUCCAGAUAUUACUGAUCAGCACCUCACAUGGACAUGAGUCACUGUGUUCAACUGAGUCACAAUCAGAGUCACUGUGUUCAACUGAGUCACUGAGUCACUCUGUCAAAGUCACUGAGUCAGUCAGAGUCACUGUGUUCACCAGAGUCACUGAGUUCAGCUGAGUCACUGAGUCACUCUGUCAGAGUCACAGUCAGAGUCACUGUGUUCAACAGAGUGUCGGAACUCAGAGUCCCCCUCUGAGUGGACAUACUACAGGGUGGUUCUGGUUCUGAAGUCUUCUCCAAUUACCUGUUAUUACCAAAUACUUACAAAACCUUCACUAAUCCAUAAACAUAAAAUAAAGGAAUUUCCUCAGGCUUGGAUGAGAAUGAGCAACCAGCUUUAUUUUUAUCAAGACGAUCCUUAACAAAAAUAACACCAAAAUGGCACUCAAGUACACAGCGUCAAGCCCGACGUGGUCAAGUGCACCCCCCCAUACAAAAUCUCCUCCUUUUGUAUUGACAUCCUUACCCUUUUUUGUCUUAUUUGUCUUCUGAUUGUUUUGACUCGUUAGGAAACAUUUCUCACACCCUGUGGAUCCCAAUCACUGACCAUCACGUCAGACACAGUGCUGUUUAGCAUAUCUGUUCAAGACAGCUCUGCCUUAUUAUUGCAAGUUAGCAUCAUUUAUUAAUAUUAGUUAUUACAAAUGGUACCAGGAAUUUAUUUAUUAUUAUUAUUAAAUCCCAUACACUUGUAGAAUUCUGACACAAAUCUGACAAUUUAAUUAUUUUCUCCGACUUGAAGGGAGGAUGCUAUCUUUAUUUUCUUACCCACGUGUGACUUAGUUGUUUAAACUUAUUUGCUCUCCUUAUUGCUCUCCUAUGGCUCUCUCAUUCACACUAUCCUGUUUUUUUCUGUCAGUUUACCUUAAUUUACUUAACUUUAACUUAAACUAAGUUAAACUAUCACGUAUCAGGCCCUAGUUUCACCACAUCUGUGCUCAACUGUCACUCACUAUCUUUAUACAGUAAAUACGCUAUUUUGGUUUUUUAUA